UAGGCUGAUGUUUCACUUUUUGCAGAAGCGCAGGUUUUCUGUGUUUUUUCUUAUUUGACAUUCUAAAGUUUGAGAGCAGAUGAGGUUCAGUGUUUUUCCACAGAGGUAUUGUCCAGAGAAAGGUUGUGUCCCUGAACACUGCAGAAAAUAAAUGACCAGGUACAAAUUCAAUUUAGCCCUCUAUGGAAGAGUUUAACUGAAUUAUCUGUGCUGUACGUCACAGGCAUGUUGCAGGGUAGGCCUAGAUUGCAGCCUACGUCAGCGCGUCCUCUCGUGGCCAUAUCAUGACAUUACAAAUGUUUACAAGGCAGUCCCCGCCGAAAGGGAUGGAGGAUCCGUGGGCGUGCGCCUCGUUUUUCAUGUCAAUAAACACCGUUACUUUUUGGAUGCUGUUAAUCACCGCUGCUUUCCAGUCAUUGUUGUACCUCACAUUAUAACCCUUUCUGUUUAUAUGUGUUUCUCGGCAGCAUACACGUAUAACAGCCAUACAGCUCGAGUGCUAUCUACAUGUUUUGUUUAAAAGAAACCGCUAUUGUCCAGUAUUGCAUGUGGACUUUGAGACAAAAUGGAAUGUGGAGCACCUGUGCGUAGCCUAGCCCUAUAUAGGUGGGCGAAAGUGGUGCUCAUAUCCAUAUAAGGCAUGGUGGGUCAGCAGCUGCUGAAAGAUUAACCAUAGCGGAGUGUUUCUGUCAGGGGCGGGUGUUGUUAGGUAAUAAAACAAUAUCUCAGCCCUGAAAGCCAGAACCCUCAACAGUCACCACUCGGAGCUCAGAGCGCACGGUCAUCAACAGCGGCACUCCGCUCGCGCAGCAACUUGGUGCGAUAGUUCUAGUCUUGCAGCCCGUUUUGAGUGUUUUGCCUGCACAAACUUUUUGCCGCAAAAAAAGUAAUCAAAAUGACUACGAUGUUCAGAUACCCAGUGUUCCCCAUUAUGCCGGAGCGCUGUCUGGACCAGGGGGAGCUGAGCGAGGGACUGCCCAGGGUGCGCACCAUCAUCAUGGCCCAGCCGGACUACAUGGACGGGGACUGCGACGAGCUCAUCAAACCCAAGAAGCUCAUCAACCCCGUCAAGACCUCCAGGAACCACCAGGACCUGCACCGCGAGCUCAUGAUGAACCAGAAGAGGGGCCUGGCUCCUCUGAAUAAGCCGGAGCUGCAGAAGGUGAUGGAGAAGAGGAAGAGGGACCAGGUGCUGAAGGCCCAGAAGGAGGAGCAGGAGGCCCACAAGAAGAGGUCCGACCUGGAGAUCGAGCUCAUGAAGAGGCAACAGAAACUUGAACAGCUGGAGCUGGAUCAGCAUAAGAACGAGGAGGAGCAGGAGAACACGCCCGAGUUUGUGAAGAUGAAGAGCAACCUGCGGAGAACCAAACAGGAGGUGGAGGAGGAGGACCACACCCCUUAGGCAAGCUGCAUGGAGACCACCACGGCCACGACAAGAGGAAGACACGACAUAGGAGAAGUCCUUCAGGCACAUGGCAACUAGGCAUGGCAACUCGGACUGCAGUCUAGGGGGGAUUUCCUGGUGUUCCUUUCCCCUGUGUGUCCCCUGUGAAACCAGUGACUCUUGAUUGAAAGGUUCCUCCUCCUCCUCCUCCUCCUCCUCCACAAAGGGGUUUCACACCAGUAUUCACUCUCUCACCUCUUUCACCAAAACACUGGCUACGAGGAAGGGGCAACCACAACACAAACACAUGUGGGCACGCAUGCACACAUGCAUGUACACACACACACACGCACACAAACACGCGCGCGCGCGCGCACACACACACACACACACACACACACACACACACACACACACACACACACACACACACACACACACACACACAUACACGCACACACACCAGAGAAAACACAGGAUAUCUUGUUCACACACAGUUACAGACAUUCAUGCGUAGCUGUCACAGGCUGACUGGCUUUAGUGGACGUGUACAGUGGAACAGAUCAUUUUUCGUUUUCCUUGAUGUUUAUCUUUUAAGUUUUGGAUUGCCACUGAGAAGCUUAUUUUUUAUGUUCUACCACGGAGAAUUGAAAGAAGUGGACACUGGAUGGACUUUUGAAGCUGCAUUUGGCCAAAAUAUUGUACUUUUAUUUAUGUUCUGUAUUGAAAUGGCUUGAGUCAGUGAAACCUCUCUUUUUUUAUUUGUUUAUUUUUUAAAUUUUAUUUUAGUUUUCUUUUUCAACUGAUGGCUUCCCCCCCCAUUUUGUGACUGUUCAAAGCUUAGCCUGUGGCACACCCACGCUAUUGUAUUUUUUUAAGUAUUGUGUACUUCCUUAGCUAAAGCUCUUUCAAGCAAUAUUAGAUUUUUGGUGUGUGUGGGCGUGUAUAUUAUUUUCUUUAUACAUAUAUAUUUGUUGUUGUUUUUUAUGACAGAACAAAAAAUAAUAUCUUUUAGUUGUAUGUGUUAAUAGGUCAACAAGGUAAGAUAUUUUUCUCUCUGCCAGACCUCUUAUUUUCCUGUGACUGAGCUUUGGGCAUUUUGGGAAAACCUUUGUUAAGUAUUGAAGGGAAACAAGCUCUUUGGCUCACCUAAACCCAGCCACAUUAUAUAACCCCGUUUUUUUUCUUUUAAUAAAUGUUAUUUUACCAUGUUAA